AUGUCAAAAGUUCAAUCCUCUGUCGUUAAAGUUCCAGACAGUGAACUCAUUGAAUUUCUUCAACGUUACAUUCAACGUAAGAGAAAAUAUUAUGCCAUCGUUGAAUUUAUACAGUCAGGAAUGCAAAAGACUUCUGAGGAGAUGGAAAGAAUUAUUGACAAACACCACUUACGUCAAUACUCAGGAGUUUACGAUAUGAAACGACUUACAAACUACAUUCUGUCAAAACUUUCAAAAUACCCCUUCAAAAAAUAUCCUUCAAACACUCUGCUCGUUUGCGACGACUUCGCCGGAAAAGGUUUAGUGUCAAAACCAGACUCACCAUUAGCUAACAUCAUUACUAAAGUCAGACAUUACCACUUAACUGUAGCAAUACUUAUGCAAACAUGGAGGUUUUUAGCUUUAAACAUAAAACGUCUCAUAACUGACUUCGUUAUCUUUCAAGGUUUCUCACGUUAUGAUAUUGAACUCAUUUGGAAACAGUCAGGUAUAACAUUACCUUUUGAAGAAAUUUGGGAAGCAUAUAAGUCUCUCAUCUCUCCUCGUUCAUACCUUGAGAUUCAUAUCAUGACUAAUACCAUUAAAGUCAAAAAUAUUCCAUGGGAACGACCAACAUUGUUUUAA